CUCUCACACAGAUGCUGCCGCCGCUGGGUCAGGCUGACAGGCGAGUCUAUUAAUGAUAACAGUCAGAGCCACACGGCGAGCAGGAGGACAUCGACACGUCUCCCUUUUUUUCCUCUUUUUCUUCAACCUGCAGCCUGAAAUAAUGUGACACGAAACCCGUCUUCAACUUUCGUUCCCCCCCCCCCCCUUGAAUGCACCUUUGAAUUAUUUUUUUUUUUAUUUGCAUGUUGCCAUCGUCUGAUUUGGGCUCGCCACUUUGUCCGCCUGCUCGUCGUCCUCCAUCAGUCGGGCUGCGGAGCUUGUUGGUAAACACGCGCCCCGGACCCCGCCGGCGAGGAGGAGGAGGAGGACUCCCCCUCUGGUGCAUUGAUGCACCCGUUUCAGUGGUGUAACGGGUGCUUCUGUGGUCUGGGACUGGUCUAUGCCAACAAGACGUGCACCAUGCCGCCCAUCACAUUCCAGGACCUGCCCCUGAACAUCUACAUGGUCAUCUUCGGGACGGGCAUCUUUGUCUUCAUCCUGAGCCUCAUCUUCUGCUGUUACUUCAUCAGCAAACUACGACACCAAGCACAGAGUGAGCGGUUCGGAUACAGAGAAGUGGUUUUAAAAGGAGAUCCAAAAAAGUUGAAUCUUCAUGGGCAGACAUGCGCCGUGUGUUUGGAGGACUUCAAAGUGAAAGACGAGCUGGGAGUGUUGCCAUGCCAACAUGCCUUCCACAGGAGGUGUCUGGUGAAGUGGCUGGAGGUUCGCUGCGUCUGCCCCAUGUGCAACAAACCCAUAGCCGGCCCCCCUGAGCAGCACCACAGCAUAGGAACUCUGCUGGAUGAACUGGUUUAACCCUUUCAACACCUGCCAAGCCUGGGUGGGACACUGGAGGCCCGGCCGAACCAGCUGGUAUAAGUUAUAGAGACCAAAAGGAAGAGAGAGGGACACGGUUUUUGCAUUUAAAACACAGCAAAACACCAACACGAUGAUAGUAAGUUGGGGUAACCUAGUUACCGAUCCGGCGGAAGACUCUAAAGGAUGCUGUUGCAUAGCAACCAUCUCCGAGAUGGCAACACGACACCUUGUGGUGUCUGAGAGAUUAUCUCCAGCCACCCACACAUCACUCCAUCACUCCUAUUUCAACAUCCCCCUCUCCACCCUAUUCUUCACAUCUUCUCCUGCUGCCUCGAGUGAGGUUAAUGGUGCCGCCGAAGCGGAGAGAAGACACAGUCGCAUUUUUUCACAGCGAUGUGGACGAACGAGUGUUGAGGGAUGAAAGCGCCGGUGAGGAGGAUCCCCAGCGAGCAUGUAUGAUUGUUUGUAAGUCAUGGUGGGUACCGAUAUGGGAUAAUAUCAGUAAUGUCUGUGGUUAUCUAAAUUCUUAUGGAAAAAAAUGGAUUGUUGUGGAAGGUUGUGGAACAAAACCACGGACAAAUUUAUAUUUUCUGCUCAACAUCCCCGACAAUAAGGCAACAAGGACACGUGGACAAAAGUUACACUGCAAAUCAAAAAGCAAAUUCUCAAGAGUUUGUUCAAUAAAAAAUGAACUGGUAGAACAACAAUUUAAGAAAGAGAUUGUAGAAGAGAAUGAAUGAUACUGUAGUGAAGCCAUGGACGGGGUUGAAUAAAAUUUGCUCUCAAGGAAAUUAGAUUAUAAAAUUGAAGUCACAAGGGAGAAAUGAUGGAAAUAGAUUCACGCCUCAUCAUUCGGACCUAAAUUAUUCAUUCAUUCUCCAAAAGAGGCAGAUCUCGAAGCAAAUGAGUGAAUAUUUUCAUCAACAAUGCAACUGAUACUAAUGAUUUACAUUUAAAAGUAUAAAAUCCACAUUGGUGCCCACCUCUGCAGUAAUUUACUGUAUGUUCUACAUACUGUACAUGCUCCAUUUGUUUUUUUCCCCCCACUGGGAUGUUUUAUUGUUCAGACAUGUUUUAUUGUGUUGAUAUAAAUAGAAGGAGCUGACUCCUGCUGCCUCUCACUGUAACACUUUGUUUCUAAUAUGUUUGUUUUUUUCGAUAUUGCACUUUGAAAUCACAAAAAAGAAAAAAUGUUUCUAUGCCUCUGUUCGCCUAUCACAUUGGAUGGAUGCAGCGCAGCAGGUUCAGUGUUUUUUCAGGUGUGAUGGAUCUUUUUAUGAAAGUCAAUGAAGUUUCAGAGACGCUGCCUCGUCUCAAGAGAAGGGAAGCAGCCGUCCAGACCCGUAGUGUUGUUCUGUGAAUUCGCCUGGCAAGCAACUCAAAUCUCAUUUUCAUACACAGGAUUUCCUUGUGGCAUUAUUUCUGGUGACUCUGUUUUUACAUGCCUUGGUUGUGUUUUUUUUAUUUGUUUUUAUUUACAGUGAUUCAGAAAGCGAGACACUGCCGUAAUUUAGCACAAAACUCACAAAGCACAUUGUCCAGUUGGCACUUGCACUGUAAUUAAAUGCCAAACAGACACACACACACACACACACACACACACACACACGCACGCACACGCACACACACACAGACACACACGCACACACAUGCACACGCACACACACACACACCGUUGAGGCUGUUGAAUUCACAUUUCGUGUGCCAAGAAAAGAAGAAAUAAUGUUCUGUUGCAUUCUUAACACAGAAAAGAUUUUCACGCUGGAUCUGACCACAUUCCACAUUUUGUAAACCAACAGAUGUAAAUAACUUGGAUCAAUAAUAAAUACAGUUGUCUGUUUUGUGCAGCCUU